AUGAAGACUUUCAUUGUGACUUCCGCUUACCUCCGUCGUACUUGGGAACAUGCACAAUCAUCCUACGUUGUAACAUUUAUAGAGGAGCCGUUGCCCGAACAGAGAAAAGCAAAAUAUUGCCGACGAAACAGUGCCGUGCUUUCCCUCAAGAGAGGGAGGUCAGGUUUGACGGAUGGCUAA